UUUAGUAAUCGACGAGUUAAAGGGGAUGCGGAUAUCUUUGACAGCUUCUUUGUCCCGCCACAAAAAUUUCGUGACAAUUACGAGAGUGAGAUUCGAACCUGCGACCUGCAGUGUACUUCGCUAGUGUUUAACGAACGGUACGGUCCAGAAAUGGUAUCACCCACCAUCCUGACGCCGUUGGACAUGUUGAACUGGAUUCAGGAUUUGUCCAUUGAAGAUCUGGCGAUUCAAAACCAGGUGACGACAAGUGACCUGCAUUUGCCGGAUGGGGACGGGGAGGAGGAGCCCAGCCGCACUGCUCGAUCGUUGGUUUCGGAUCGCACCCAGGGAACUCCCCGGCCGGAGCGUACUCCGCGCAGUUCUCGGAAUCCGCGGGUCGAGCGUUCCAAUCCGGACGAGGACAGCGCCCGUGCCAUGGACUCCCGCGCAAAGCACGGCGACCGCACUAGCUCAUUUGUGUGCAUAAGCAACUGCCAUUCUGACAUGUACAUCAUGGCACACAUGGUGGGUGCCCCGGGUGUCUCGUCUGCCCCGGGUGUCUCUGCACGGGGUAUUCGCGACAGUGUGUUGAGCAAGACGGCGGCGACGGGCAGUAUGGCGCGGCAAAGCACGGGCUUACAGGACGAGGCGGGUCGCCAAAAGUCAGUGCGAACACGGAGUAGUUUGGCUGGUGGUGAGCCUGCGGGUGUGUUAGAGAAUCGGCGUCGUAACUACUGGUAUCAAGACUCAAGUUACAGUUACAAGUUAUACUUUGAAGGUGCACAGAUCGUAUGUGAGAGUAGUACUCGUCCUUCGUUGAUGAGCCGUGCGGUGUUUCCGGGGACACAAUCGUUUGUGUUGAAGCCUCGUGCGGAGACAGUGCCAUGCACUCUAACGAUGGAAGUUAUACAGGGGUGUCAGUUACCAACACCCUAUGGUGGUUUGUUGGAUACGCGGGGGUUGGCGCCACAAACGUGGGAAGGUGUGAACCCGUUUGUGGAAGUGAAGGUCUGCGCUCGAGGUUCGGCAGUGCAGAGAGUACGCUCAAAAACGGUCGCCGGAAACGCUCUCAACCCGCGAUUCGAACUCAUGACUCUCUUUCAACUAACGGAUGAGAACGCCGCAGUAGUCGUUUUCCAUGUACUACAUCAAACCGAAGGUGGCGCCUGUCUCCUCGCAUGCAACGCUCUACGCGUCGCAUGGCUCAAUCCUGGCGUACGAUGGGUUCCUCUCUUCGACACAUUAAACAACGAACCACUGCGGUGUGCCGGCCUCUGGGUCAAAGUGCAAAAAGUUACCAAAACUACCGGACGCAAGACUCCUGCACCUCAACACCGUACACCCUCCCUCGUACACCGCAAACACCAUAGACAAAAGUCCGCAUCCAGAAUCAGCAAUUAG